GCUGGCCGACAGCAGUGAGCAGCAAUGGAUAGCAACAGCAGCAGCGGUUACAAAAGCCAACAUUAGCUGACGGCAUUUGCCCCAGAAACCGUCGCAUGAAUGUAUUUGUGUAACCAGUCUCUGCUGAGCUGAAGUGCUGAAUGUCCUUCCAGUGUCUGUGAAAAUGACACCGAGAUGACUCACCAGUGGCUUGGACAUCUGUGAUUUGACAGAAGAUGAGGCUUGCUGAGUUUUUCAGACUUUUAAUUGCUUGUAAUGAUUGCUACUGUAGGCACAUAAACCACACUGACAUGGACAACAAACUAUAGUGAAUCAUGUUUGUUGCUUUUUGCACAUCACACACACUCAGAAAACUAACCACAUAAAUUAUCAUUUAGUUUGUUUUGAAUGGCUUUCAGUUGAUAACCAGUGCUGACGAUGUCACUGGGCGAGCAGUCUCAAAAGUGGUUUCCAACCCAUGUCCAAGCCACUGUUCUUCAAGCAACCGGUUUACAGCCCAAGGGCAAAAAUGGCACCAAUGAUGCCUACACUAUCAUCCAGCUUGGCAAAGAAAAGUACUCAACAUCAGUGGCGGAGAAGACACUUAACCCCAUCUGGAGAGAAGAAGCCUCCUUUGAAUUACCCGGUUUACUUCUGGAGGGCAACCCUGAAGUCUACGAACUAUGCCUUAUUGUGAUGCAUCGCUCUUUAGUUGGGAUGGACAAGUUCCUGGGUCAGAGGUCCAUCAAUCUAAAUGAAAUCUUUGAUAACAAGGAGCGGAAGAAAACUGACUGGUAUUCCUUGGAGUCCAAGCUGGGGAAGAAGAAAAAAGAACGAGGCCGCAUCCAAGUCAGCAUCCAGUUCAUGAGGAACAACAUGACAGCCAGCAUGUUUGACCUCUCCAUGAAGGAAAAGCCCCGCUCGCCUUUUUCCAAGCUGAAGGACAAAAUGAAGGGUCGCAAACAUGACAGCGGCUUCAGUGACACAUCUUCAGCCAUCCUGCCUCGCUCUGCCCUGUGCGACUCGGAGCCCAACCGCCAGAUCUUCAUCCCAGAACCGCAACCCCAGCCUGAAGCAAAGGUCAAGAGACCACUGCUCGCUGGGACUCAUAAACUCUCUGCAGCCCAUUCCAUGUCAGAUCUCAUUGGGACCCACUUUCGCCCCAAACUGGACUCCAUGAACUCCAUAGAAGAGACUGGUCCUCACAGGCGUUCCCAGAGCGAGGUGCCAGGCUACCAGGACAGUGAGGCACACAGUGACCCUUUCACUGAUAUCAGUGACACCCUGCCACAGAAGUAUGCCACGCUCCCACGCAACCGCAACCCAUUUGAGGGGGAGCACGGGCAGCUGUGGGACCGGGCAGAGAGGAAAGAGAAAAAGGAGAAGGUCAGCCUACUGGAACGUGUGACGGGAAAGAAGGAAGGCCGCAAGACCAGCAAUGGAGGGCGUUCGGGCAGCUCUGGAGACCUGCGUUCCCCAAACCCCUUUAGUGGAGACUCGCAAGCAGAUACUAACCCAUUCAGCUCCAGCUACAAAACCAGUGAUAAAAAGUCAUCAAGAAACGAAGACAUCUCCUUUGGCCAGAAGAAGAAGAAGGACAUCAAUGGCAAGAAAAGUACACAGGAAAGCGUGGCUGCUUAUAGCAGCUUGUCCUUUGAGGAAGUUGUGCAGGAACUCAUCAAACAGAAAGAAGUGGUGAAAAAGAAAGACGCCCACAUCAGGGAGCUGGAAGACUACAUCGAUAACCUGCUCGUGCGCGUCAUGGAGGAGACGCCAAGCAUUCUGCGGACGCCCUAUGAGCCAAAAAAGAAGGCGGGUAAACUCAGUAAAAAGUAGAAAGAGUAGACACAGGAUGAGAAGUUACUAAUGAAAGUUUAGCCGUAGCACAUGUAUCAGUAUCAUGUGGUAAAAUGAGCAGGAACAAAUGGGAUUGAUCAAAGCCAAAUUUAUGUUUUAGUUGUGUAUUUGCUUAAGAAUAUUUGUAUUCAGUGGAUGUAGUUUUGACAGACAUUUUUCAACGUUUUUCUUAUUUUAGUUCAUACAGGUGUUUUGCCCUCUUUGUUUGGCAUGCCAGAAGUUCAGUUUUUUUUUUUAAAAUGAAUAAUGAAAUUAAUACUUUGUGCAUUUCAAGGCACUUAAAUGGUAUACUAAGAAUUAAUCAGUCGAUUCAAUUAAAAUCCAAUCCAUACUUCAGUCAUACUUGACAAAUUAAGGUUUAGCUACAUUGUAUGAACUUGUGAAUCUACAGAAGUCUUUUGCACACACAGGUUCCAUCAUCCUCCCAGAAGCUCUUAAGGCACAUAUGCAGCUAAAUUCAAGUUUACCAGAUUCUGUAGUGGCAGAUGUGAGCUGCUGGCUGAAGGAUUGUCACGUGGUUGAUAAGAUGAAAAUGUAGUUACAGGGUUUGCACUACAAUUGCCACCUAAAGUACGAAACACAUUUCGCCUUUGUUCGGAGCUCCUUGUCACUCUUCUACCUAAAAAGAAUGAGUGAUUCAUGAGUAUACUUUAAAAGACUGGAGGAGAGUUACAGUAAGGAGUUGCUGGACAGUAUCUGGAAAUCUGGUUUCUUUUGAGCUCAUGGAGUCAAAAAAAACAAAACAAUGGUACAUUCCUGUCAUCAGUUACUGAUGUCUCAUUCUUCAUUUUAUUUGUGAUGACUAUCAAUUAGUUUUCCUGGGCCAAGGGGCCCAUGGUCAUUCUCUAAAGGUGAUCAUUUUACUUACUAAGUGCAAUAAUCAUAACUUGAGUAUCUUGCUUUGUAUUUCUGCUGGUUCUUGUUUACAUUAUAAUCACAGCUUUGAUUUGAUUCACUGGAAGAGCUUGGAGAUUUUUGUUUCUCGGCGGAUUGCCCAGCCUUCAUCUCUUUCAAAUACAAUUUUUGCAGAUGAUUGCAUUAUUGGUACCUAGCUGCACAUGUGGACAAAUUCUUAAUAAUCUGUAUUUAUAAAUGCUUCUUAGCACAUUUACAUAUGAACACUAUUUUAAUGUAUUUCUGCGAUACUUUAUGGUAAAAAAACGAUACAGUAUCCCAAUACCCUGUCUUCUACCAUCUCUUCUCUUUAUUAACACUGUACAAUGACAACAAAUCCCAAAAAUAUGGGCGCAUUUGAUUAAGUAUUCAUGUAUUAAAGUAAUGCAGUUUGUAAUUUCCAUUAGCAUUAAAAUCUGUUUACCUUUAAUGAAAUGCUAGACACAAAUUAAUUAUGAUCUGUGCCUCAGUAUAUUUCAGCUUUUUUAAUUUUUGUAUAAUCAAAACAGUCUUAAUUCUCACAUUCAUAUAAGAUAUAAGUGUCUUACCAGUUCACUGAGUACUAAUGAGAGCCAUUUUGUACUUGUUCAAGGUAAACAGCCAAGUGUCGUCAGGUCACAAAUCAAACAGUUUGACAGCCUGUGUCAGAAGCUAACUGUCCUCAUUUCACAGUUUUAUGUCAUCUCAUUUGUCGCCUCAGUCUGUGAUGCUAAUGUCAUAACAACAUAUGUUGUUUCACUGUUAAGCAGUGCUUGAUUCACUUUAAUUUAUCACUUUCUACUGAACAAAUUCAGAGUGAGGUUUGGGGCAGCUGUUAGAUUGCACUGCUGGUACGAAUGACUACUUCAAUUUUUAUUUUCACAGAGAGGUUAAGUUUCCGUACCAGUGCUUGUGGUAGAUGAUCAACAAUAGUAUAAUCACUAGCUGAUGUUUAGGUUUACAUUUUUAAUUGUUUAUUCCUUAAUGUACAGUGUUAAACAUGCUUUUCAUUAUCAUAGUUUACUCAAGGUUGCACACCAUUUUAAAUGAUAUGUCAAACCUCUUUUAUCAAAUGAUGAUCCACCUCAUCAUUUUGCUGGUAUUUAUAUCUUCUUUUGUAAUUAUUUUGUUCAAAAUAUUUGACCUUUACACUGUAUGAUACCAAACCACAACUCAGACAAUGUGCUACACUGUAUGUAUGGAAUGUCAACAGUCAAAAACACUUGUACAUUUUUUUCAUUUUUCAUGAAUGUUGUACCACUCAGACACACACUUUGUCAUGUGCUGGUUAUUUCUGCUGCUGUUAAAAAGUAGUUAUUUCAUUGGAAAGUAUGUGUUCUCUUUGUGAACUUGAGGUCAAAAUCUGUUGUUACUGAAUGUAUUCUGGUUGGCUUUGAAACACAUAAUCCUGAAAUGUAUAGUAAUACACAGUACACUAACAAGGCCAUUGAACCUUUCAUGCCUUUAAAGUAUUUGGUGUAUCCAAAGAGAUCAUUUCAUCUGGGUUCUUCUCUCUAUUGGUCUGACAAAACUCAGACAUCUUCAUCAUGGAUGUGCGAUGAUGUGAUUCAGAUGUCUGGUAAAUUACUUUGUAUCGGAGAAAGGUUAUCUGAUUUGAGUACUUUUUGAAAAGCCAAAAAUGUUGGAAUUGGUACAUAAUAAUAAUAAUAAUAAUAAUAAUGAGUAUUAUGUGAUGCUUAUUAAGGAGAUGUGUGGAUAAGAAUCUGUUUUCCACUGCUGAAAAGCUUCUCACUGAUGGCCUUCCUUCUUUCCCUUUUCCCCUCAUGUUACAGGCUUUACCAACUUUGACUAGGCUGUAUUGGUAGUUAGCCACUUGAUCAAGGACCUUGAAGAGCUCUUAAUACUUCCAUUGUACAUACCGUAUAGUCACUUUGUAAUAUGACUUCACCUCCUUUGACUUUUUGCACCUGUUGCGCUGUAAAAUGUUUGAAAGUGUGAUUCCUUGGGAUUUAUUCUGUCUGAAAUUCAAUCAAAAUCUGAGUUCAAUUUGAAGGAAUCCAAAAAGUGGGGUUAAAAUUGUAAAAGUGAAGGAAAGUAUUCACCACCCAUUUUUCAUUUGCGUGUAACUGACAUUAGCAAACUGUGUUUUAAUCAUGCUUUUUAAUAGCUUUUUUCUCUCAGACCUUUUUGGAGCUAUAGUUAUUUUUUCUUUUUUUAGCAGAGCAAAUGGAUUUGUGGCAGUGGUGUUUCAGUGUCGCUCAUAUUGUGCAUCAUAGAGUAAUACUCAUACACUGUUAACCAGACACUUAGGUCUAGGAUGUGCCCUAAAGCCCAAUUGCUUUGCCUGAAUCCUGAAAUAACAAAAGAUAAGGUCUUUAAACAAAUGUUGUAUUCAUUUGGACCCUGAGGUUAUUUAGUUCAAAUGAAAAAUGAGGGGUGAGUAGUUCAAAUUAAUUAAUUUUGCCUGUCAUUUUUCCUUUUAGCUUGAUUGCUACAUUUGCUUUAUGUUUUGAUAUAAUUCGGUGCUUUGCUAGAUGUCAACCUAAAACACAAAUCUAAAUGAAAAGCAUUUUCAAAUCAUUUUCUCGCACCGCAGUGUAAAGGGGUACAUUGCAAAAUAGCCCUGCAUCAUUAUUACACUUCUGCCUUGCCACUUUGCAUAAUAUUUGUCAUCCAAUUAAUGCCAGUGCUUGACUAUGCAAAGCACACAAAACGCUUUGAGGCAAAAUUUCUUACAAAAUUUGGCCAUGGCCUGUGUCAUAAUUUCAGUCUAUGUGGUUGUUUUGCACAUGCAUUAAAAUGUAAUCUAAUUGUUGUAGGUGAAUGUCCGCCCGUUUCCGAAAAAUAGCGCAAACAUACAGUAAUUUUUAUCUUUUUCUCCCAAUGUUGAUGGAGCAUGCAUCGAACCAUUCCAUGAAGGUGACAUAAAGCUUGAGUCGGAUCGCAACAAUCCUCCUCUGGCAGUCGUUAAAGUCUUCUGAUAAUGUGAUGCUGCUUGCCAUAGGCCACAUACAGCUGCCAGACACUAAGACUUAAGCUCUCGCUAAAUCCCCUGACGGUGCUUGUAAUGUGGCACACACUUUGAAGGAAAUGAUGACUGUUUAUAAAAGAUCUCGCCAGUUAGCAAAGCUUCAUUGAGUUUACAGAAUUGUAUGGAGGCUGGUGUACAGAGGCAAACACAAUUGAACACAAUGUGAGUUGAGUUUGGUGCCCCAACAUGGCAGAUAUCUAAAAUGACAUUUUGAUACUAACAUACAUGUUGGUCUACUUCUGGAGAAAACAUGCCUUGUAAUGUAACAAUGGAUUUGUUCAGAUUCUUGUCAUUUCUGCAUGUCAAUCACAUGUUUUAAUAAUGCAACACUUUAUAUUAUUGCCAAAUUAUAUGGCAUUUUCCAGAUCCAGAAAAAAACAUAAAUCCAUCCAUCGACUCUCAUCACACAACCUCAUUGUAAUGUAUUAAACUCAGAAUUGUACAGAGUGUAAGUUGAUUAGCAAACGUCCUUUCCUCGAAGAAGGCAGACAAGUUGUUUUUGUGUAAUAUUUUACACCUAAUAGACAAUAUGCAAGACUUUCAUACCUGGAUGUUUGGGGACAAGAAUGUAUGGGUUUUUUUUAACAGGGUCUCGAAGAUGUAUGUGUAAUGAUAGCAGGAUAAUGCUGUUAAUGGUGACUACAUGUUGAGUGCCAACACAAGCACUAAUUCAGUUUGGUGAUGCAUUUCUUCAUAUUCACACAUUCUCAUACAGGUUCGAACAUUAGCCUUUAGAUUUGUCCAUCAUCAUCAUCAGCAUCAUAAUCAAAUCUAAUCUUCUACUGGAUGUAGUUUGAAAGGCACAAGAAGAUUGUAUUGUCCUUUUCAAUAAACUCACUCUAAAUGAAA